AUGUCGAUUGAUGCAUCUCUUGUUGGUUUUCACACAUCAAUAAGGCCUGUGAUUGCAGUUGAUGGGACAUUUUUGAAAGCAAAGUACUUAGGGACUUUAUUUACUACAACGUGUAAAGAUGGCAACAAUCAGAUAUACCCUUUAGCCUUUGGGAUUGGUGAUUCAGAAAAUGAUGCCUCAUGGGAGUGGUUUUUACAAAAACUGCAUGAUGCACUUGGACACAUUGAUGAUUUGUUUGUGAUAUCAAAUCGACAUGGUAGCAUUGAAAAAGCAGUACAUAAAGUAUUUCCCCAUGCGAGGCAUGGUGUCUGUACUUAUCACGUUGGACAAAAUUUGAAGACAAAGUUCAAGAAUCCUGCAAUUCAUAAGUUGUUCCAUGAUGCUACCUAUGCUUAUCAUGUUUCAGAGUUUAAUUUUAUAUUUGGGCAACUAGAGAUGAUUGACCCAAGAGCAGCAAGAUAUUUGAUGGAUAUAGGUGUUGAUCGAUGGGCACGUUCAUAUUCUACCGGAAAAAGAUAUAAUAUCAUGACGACAAGGAUCGUUGAAAGCCUUAAUGUUGUGUUGAAAAAUGCUAGAGAUCUUCCAGUUUUGCAAUUGGUUGAAGAAUUGAGAAACUUACUUCAAAAAUGGUUUGUGACUCGUCAACAACAAGCAAUGUCAAUGUCAACUGAACUUACCAUGUGGGCUGAUGGAGAACUUCAUUCGAGGUAUAAUAUGUCAGCAACAUAUCUAGUGGAACCUAUCAACUCCAAGGAGUGUAAUGUUAACUAUGCUGGCAUUAGUGGUCAAGGUAAGGAAGAGACACAACACAAGGGAAAAUUGGAAUUGGAGGGAAAAUGGGCUGAAAAGAUAGUUGAGGGGUUCUUGAACGAGGAUCCAGCAGUCAUGGCAAGACGCACUGCCCUGGCAAAGAGGCUUGAGUUAUACAGAAACGCUCCAGCUGAAAUUGAAGAGGGGGUGCUGCUAGAAUCACUGGUACAAUCUUUCAAACGAGUUCAUGCAGAGGCUACAAACGGGUAG